CGCGCGUGCCGUGCUGAGGGCGGCGGCGGGCGCGGGGAGGCGGAGCGGGCCGAACCGGACCCAACACAACCCAACCCAACCCAGUCCCGGGGACAAGGCAGCGAGGGGCUGUGGGUGCUACCGGUGGGAGGGGGCAGCCCGGGCUGUGCUGGCCGGGUGGGCAGGCGCGAAUGAGGCGGUACCGUGUACUCGGCGUGGCCCAGUCCUGCCCGGCCCGGCCUCCUCUCUCCUCCCCCCGGCCCUCCGGGACCUUUAGGCGGUAGCGCCGCCGUGAGAAACUACACUCAAUACAGUUCUAUUACAGGAGUUCUUGGUUUGCCAUCCCUUCAGAAGAGAACUGGAUGCAAUUCUUCCAGCCUUGCUGUUGCACAAGUUUCAGUUAAGUGAAGUGCCAAGGUGGCUUGAAAAAAGACAAGAACAACCCAGCAGAAGAUGUUCAGUUUUGUUCAGUAUCGACCUUUGGGACUCAUAACCCAGAACAUUCUGUGUUUAAAACUCACGCUUUCAAGACCUGUUGCAUUUGCACAGAUAUGGAAAUCAUGGCUUUCGAGCUGUUCCCUUGUUGGAAACAAAAAUAUUAUCCUGAUGGGACCUCCUGGUGCUGGGAAAACAACAGUUGGGAGAAUAGUAGGUCAGAAACUUGGUUGCCCUGUCAUAGACAUAGAUGACGAUGUCCUUGAAACAACCUGGAAUAUGAGUGUGUCGGGAAAACUGCAGGAUGUUGGUAAUGAGCAAUUUUUAGAGGAGGAAGGAAAAGCCCUGUUGAGGUUUUCAGCAUCUGGAAGUGUCAUUUCCCUUACUGGGUCCAAUCCAAUGCACGCUGCUGGCAUGCAGCAUAUGAAGAAAAACGGCAUAGUUGUGUAUCUGGAUGUGCCCACAGCAGUCAUUAUGAGCAGGCUGGAAUCAAUGAAAGUGGAUCGCAUUGUGGGGCAGUCUCCUGGUCUUUCUCUCAAGGACAUUCUUCAGUUUAGGAAGCAGUUCUACAAAAGGUGGUAUGACAUCCGUGUUCUUUGUGGAGGGGAUAUUGCAGCAGAGGUUGUAGCAGAAAAGGUACUUGAUGCUGUGAAGAGAUACCAAAACUCAGAACUAGAAACUUUCGUUUCAACUAGGUCUAGCAAGUGUGAAAGGAGCACGGGAAAAAUCUCACAUAAAUAUUUCAGUGAUGUUGUUACUGAGGGCUUAGCCCCUGAUGGAGGACUCUUUGUUCCUGAGAGAGGCCUUCCAAAAUUCACUGCUGGAGAAUGGCAGUUGCUAAUAGAAGCAACUUACACUGAAAGAGCCCAGGUGAUACUGGAAAAAUGCAUCCAUCCUGCAGAUAUUCCUGCUUCUAAGCUGGCAGAAAUUAUUGGAACUGCAUAUGGGGAAAACUUUACUUGUCCAAAAAUUGCCCCAGUUAGGCAUCUGGUGGGCAAUCAGUUUCUGCUGGAGUUAUUUCAUGGACCAACAGCAUCAUUUAAGGAUUUUGCAUUACAGAUGAUGCCACAUAUAUUUGCAUACUGCAUUCCCAGAAGCUGCAACUACUUGGUUCUGGUAGCUACUUCUGGUGACACAGGAAGUGCUGUCCUAGAUGGCUUUAGUCGUCUCCAUGACACUGACAAACAGAGAAUUGCUGUCAUUAAUUUUUUUCCUGAGGAUGGAGUAAGCCCAAUUCAAAAAUCACAGAUGAUUUGCUGUCAGAAAGAAAAUGCCUGGUCAAUAGGUGUCAAAUCUGAUUUUGAUUUUUGCCAGACAGCUAUAAAGCAAAUCUUUACUAAUUCUGAUUAUACUGGCUUUCUUACAGUAGAAUAUGGAACAGCUUUAGCUGCAGCAAACUCCAUAAACUGGGCACGACUGCUUCCUCAGAUAGUUUAUCAUGCCUCUGCAUACCUGGAUCUUGUUCAUCAAGGUAUUAUUCCUUUUGGAAGCCCUGUAGAUGUUUGCAUUCCUACAGGAAACUUUGGCAACAUAUUAGCUGCUUUGUAUGCUAAAAUGAUGGGAAUUCCUAUUAGAAAAUGUAUUUGUGCUUCCAAUGAAAACAAUGUUUUGACUGACUUUAUACAAACAGGUGUUUAUGAUUUGAGGGGAAGGAAAUUAAUUCCCACUUUUUCACCAGCAGUAGAUAUUUUGAAGUCCUCCAAUCUUGAGCGAUACUUGCACCUGAUUGCUAAUGAGGAUGGACAACUGGUAACACAGUUUUAUAGCCAGCUGGAAAAUCAGGGCCACUUCCAGCUACAGAAUGAUCUACUUGAAAAACUUCAGCAGGACUUGGUGGCUGGGUGGUGCUCUGAGGAGGACUGUCUGGCUGCCAUUCACUCUGUAUACAGUACUACAGGGUAUAUUUUGGAUACACACACAGCUGUUGCUAAAGUAGUUGCUGAUCGAUUACAAGAUAGAACUUGCCCAAUUAUUAUUUCAUCUACAGCUCAUUAUUCUAAGUUUGCACCUGCUAUCUUGAGGGCCUUGAGGAUUGCAGAAAUAAACCAGAAUCCAUUAAGUCAGCUUCACUUGCUGAGUUCUUACAGUCCUCUGCCUCCAGUCCACUGGGGCCUUUUAGAGACCCUGAAAAAGAAGGGGAAUGAGGAUCACCAAGUCUGUGAUGCUGAUAUGAGUGUGCUGAUGUCCCAUAUAGAAACCUUAAUUCAAAAUCAUUUUAUGAAAGUUUUCUGAGCAACUGAUCAAACAUCCACUGUGUCAAUUGUGAUAUCUUCCUAAUUAUCUGCAUGUUUUUUUAAACUCAUAAACCAGGCUGUGUUCAGUCCACAGUACAACAUAGGCAGUUUUAUACUCAAAUUGUCAGGUUUUCAACAGUAUUUGUAAGUAAUGCAUGACUAGUAGUGGUGGGAGGUGGUGAACCAAUAGUAUAAAAGAGUAGAAUACUUUUUUGCAGGUUGUACAUAGCAGAGCCAGCAGUAGUAUUUUGGCAGUGCCUUCUCCUUUGUAAGCCUGAAGUGUUCUCUGUGGAAGGAGGAAGAUAAUGAAGUCUGGCCUUUCUGAAACUGCUAGCUCUUGCUUUGUUGCAAGAACGAGGCCAUAAUUUGGUCUAUGGGUGAUGAAACUUUUACCUCACUUCACUUAGAGCACUGAAACAUAAUAAGGUAGUGUAAUGAUGUUUGUAUGUUAAUAAUGAGGGUUGAUUUCACUACAACAAAUCAAGUAUGCUUGUAUUAUUAGUCCUUCAACCAUUCAGUAUAGUGGUAUGUUUUCUUCUUGUAUAAUGUUUGGCCAGCAUUUCUGUAAAAAAAGAAUCUGGUUAUUUUGUUUUUCAGGACUUCUUUUUCCUCCUGGCUCUUUUCCUGUGUAAAAUAGAACCCUUAAUUCUGUAUUUUUAAGAAUUUUUGAAAUGUGACUCUUCCUCCUAUGUAUUUUAGUGUCUUUCCUAGGUCUUUUCUACUUGAACAUUCAAUUUCGAAUCCCUUAAUAAUAAUAUAGAAGAAUUUGCUAGUACUAGUAGAGGUCUCCUUAAUUAACAACCAGUCUUCACCAUUUAUUUACAUGAAUUUCUUGCAUUCUAAGUUUUUAGAAUGCACGUUUUACUUUAGAAGCCGUAUAGCUUUCUUGUUCUAAUUACUUCUGUUUUCAUGUUUUACUUAAUUUCCUUGACAUUCUAUUCUGUUCAUACGCUGUGUGAUUUGGUAUAAGACAGUAUCUUCCUUAAGUGCUUGGCAUCUCAUCAAAGAAAGUGAAGGAUGAAUUCCAAUGUCUGGAAAGUGUGAUAACAUCAGAGGUACUAAUUGUGUAACCUCAGAUCUAUGUUAGCAGUCUGGUUUUAGUAAUGUCAGACUCUAUAUUGUUUUUUUGCAACAGAAAAGAUAGAGCAAGUUUCCCUACGACAUCAUGUGGUUAUGGACAAACAUACUGUGCUAACUGGAGAUUAUAUUUGGCAAGGUGUAAAAUAUAGCUACAUUACACACUAAGAGUAAUGAUAAAAUGUUGUAUUUGCAAGUUUUGUAUGACACAUAGCUACAGGUAAAGAGCUAAGACUCACCAGAUGUGAGGAUGUGUAGUUACAGGAGGUUGUGGUUCUCACCAGGAUUCAAAUAGGGAAGGUUUUGGCAAGAGAGGUGGUAAUUGAUAACAUUUUUUUCCUCUUUGAGAGGCAGUAUCUCCUAAAUGUCAGGACUCACUUGGAACUUUGUACUGUUGCCAUAUCCCUCAGCUGCCUAUGGGUGUCUGCUUGUACUUUUGCCUGUUGGAGAUGAAGAAGACACCAUCUACCAAACUGUUUUAACAAAUUGACAGUGUGCAUUUGUCACAAUGAAUACAUUAUACAAUCAUGUUUAAUGUGGCUGAUAACAAAAGUGUGACACGAGCUUUUUAGAUUCUGACAUUCUUGGAUGCCUUUUUAAGACCUUUUGUAGUUCCUUGCCCUGCUCAAUCCUUGUUGACUGUUUCAACAGUAAGUUUGGAAAAUAAAUUUUUCUUUUCACAGCAUCAUAAUACAGCCCAGGCUGGAAGAGGCCUCAAAACAUCAUCUGGCCCAGUGUUUCCUGGGGAGGGGAGGCCAGAUGAGAUUAUCCAGCAUGCUGCCUAUUCACUUCUUAAAAACCUCCUGUGCUGGGAGGUGCCAUGUCACUGAGGAGGUUGUUCCUGUGAUUGAGUGUUUUCACUGUGACAGCUUUUCCUGGGACAACUUGUACCCAUUUUCCCUUGUCAUCUCCAUGUGAAGAGAGAGCCUCUGGCCCUUUAGCCACCUUUUAAGAACUGGAAAACUGUAAUGAGAUGCCCCCCAUAGGCCUUCUAUUUUCCAGGGUGAAAAAACCUAACUCAUUCAGUCUCUCCUAUAGGACAGAAGAAUUCUCAUUUUCCAGACACAGCACAAGAAACAUUUUAAAUUUGUAAUAAUAGAAAAGAUAUUAUCCAAGUUCUGUAAAAAAAAGUUACGUAAGAAUACUGCCAAAAAAAAGAAGUGUUGCUUUUGUAGGUGGUAAAUGCACAUCCAUCCUGUAUUUCUAUAUAUUCCAAUCUGACCCUCACAGUAAAAAUUGUAAUCCUGUCACUGGAUGUGCUUAGCACAAAGUCAGAAAAAUAAACUUUCAAAGCAAACCAAAACAAAAAACCCCAAGCAAACCUCACUGUGCCUGGACUGAAUUACUGGAAGGAGAACAGAUUGCAGCGUAAAGACUGGAAAUCCUGCAGUGCCCGGUUCUGUGGAACUUAAUGCCAUUGGACAUUGUAGGACUAAUGUCCCAUGCAUAUACUUGAUAGAAAUGUCUACAAAAAAGAGAGCUUUCACAGAAAGCACCUAAAAGAAAAAAGAUGAAAUUGCGAAGAUCAGAUUAUAAGCCACCAUGCUACCUUCAGUUAGCUGAGCAUCAGGUAACAGUCAGAACUAAACUAACAGAUGAUUUAUUUGGCAUGACUCAGUAUUUUAAAGUUCAUGGCAGUAACUGAAGCUUGGUUUGAAGGAGGAAGUAUUAGUAAAAUCUCUAGUUGCUAUUUUGAUAUCACAUGAACAAUUAUAGCAGUUGAUAUGAAUUGAAUAAGUCAAAAAAAAAGAGCCCAUUCUUCGCUAUGAGCUUUUAAUGUGUACUUAAGGCUGUGGUUAAAAAGCACUUAAAUAUUAGUACAUUUCUUGGAAUGUCUAAAGGCUUUUGCCAUACAUUGUUUACUCAUUUUUAAAAUAAUUGAUUUUUUUACUUUUAGAACUUCAGUGAACUGUUUAUGUGCACUAUAUCUGGUUGUGGAUUCUAGUAAUGGGCACUCUAAAAUGAUGCAGUAGUGUCGUGAUCCUGUAUGUACACAGUAUUUGUGACCAAACUCUGAAGCUGUGUUGUGGUAGCCACAAUAUACAACCUUCUGGCUUGCCUUGUCCUGCUGGGUUUGGAGGAAUGAAAGGAAUCUUAAUUUCCAGCAUGGUUGAUGCUACAGUUGGUUGAAGGGGGAUAAGGUAGUGAGGAAAGCAGUUCCUCUGCCCUCCCAGCCCAGCUUUUCUAAAUGUCAGUCAGCAAAAUACUGUGAUUCAGCAAACGCUGUGUUACUGUAAUUGCACUUUUUUUCCCCCACUAUCAGUAUUAUGAAAGAUUCAAAGGUCAUUAAUGAUAAAAAAUGGAUACAAGUGCUGGGGUUUUUUUGUCUGUUGCAGACAUUGUGCAGCGUUUUCAUGCAAUAUUUUGUAUUAACUCAUUAAGGCAAAAAUGGUGUGCUAAUGAUGUACAAAAGAAAAUCCACAUUAUGUUGAUUAGUGGGAUUCUUUAGGCUAUUUAGAUUUGGUGUAUACACAGUUUACUCCUGACUAUCUAAAGAUAGGAUGUUGCCUUCUAUAUUGGUAUCAGCCAGGCUUACAGAGAGUGUGAGCAUUCAUAUAUACACAACUCCACUAGCUUUGUUGACCUGGAGUAAUAGCAUAAUCUUUAAUUAAGCUGUUAUUCUUCUGCAUAGAUAAAACUUUGCUGGACACUGAUACUCCAUGAAGAACCUUAAGGUUAAAUGUAACAAAUGUAAGGACAAAUGUAAUUUGUCUAUAGUUACACUUUUUAUUAUAGGAAUAUUUAUAUAGAAAAUACUUUAUUUUGCUUACAGCCUUAAGCAACUGCUCAAUAAUUGCCAUUAGUCACAAUCCUGCUUCUCAGGAUGACAGAGAGUGAUUUGAGCUAAACAGGGAAUAAAGGAGAUGGGGAUGAGUUCAGAAGGUAAUUAUGUUUCUAUAGUAUCUUACAAUUUAGAAAGAAUUGCAGUUUAUGUUUUUGAGGUGAUGGACUAUUUUAGCAGAACUCUAAAGGGAAGAUUCUUGGUUUUUAAGAAGUCAAUUUUGCUCGAGGGGCACUGAGAACACACAUUGUUAUUAAGGGUAUCAUGUUUGGCAUGCCUGAAAUAUUGAUUAGUUACUUGUAUCCACUGUAUUUUUUCUAAAUAAAUACUGGGGGAUCCACUCUGUAACACAGUAUUUGCAAAUAUGUUUGUAAAUCCUUCCUAAUGUGAUAUAAAGAAAAUCCAAUUAAAGAACUUGUUUCAAAAUUUGAUAUUCUUAAGUCUUCAAAGACAUGUUCCAUCCUGUGUUUACUUGAAAAUUAGAUGUAUAGUAAAUGAUCUAGUAAUUCACUUUGCUGAGAUUAGCUGAUGUUAGUGAGACAGUUUGUAUCAUCCUGAAAGGAAAGUGUGUAUAAACAAAUAAACCCACAUCAAAAC